AAUUCAAUGAGUUUCAUACAGAAAGAGCCAACUAGGCAACUAGGCUACCUUUCUUGAGAAGUUGGUACCUGACGCGGUUAAUAACAGGUCAAAUUCAACAACUAAACAAAUUCUGUAACUGCAAAUUUGAUUCAUCCACUGUCUUAUUUUUUUGUUUCUUCCAGAUUAAUUAAUUAAAAACAUUAAAUUCAAAUUCAAAAAAAAUUCUGAAACGUAAUUGGCCUUUCUGGGUUUGACCUUUUCCACCAAACACAAAGCAAGAAGAAAGGAAAGUUUAAAGCUUUUUCUUCCUUUUUGCUAAUUUUUUUGAAGUUUUAGAGAGAUAAAGUUGUAGAGAAAGAAAGAUGAAUCAACCAAAUUGGGAGCUGAAGGGUUGCUGUAAUCAUGAUCAAAGAAAUUUUAUGAUCACCAUUGGCAUCUUCACAGUUGUUAUUCUUGCGCUAUGGAGGACAUUUUUGCUGACACCAUUUAAGCUCAUUACCGUCUUUCUGCAUGAAGUCAGUCAUGCUAUAGCAUGUUUUACUUGUGGUUCGGUGGAGGGAAUUGAGGUUCAUGCAAAUGAGGGAGGUUUGACACGAACGCGUGGCGGUGCAUAUUGGCUGAUCUUACCUGCUGGAUAUCUCGGCUCUUCAUUCUGGGGAAUGCUUUUGGUGCUUGCCUCCACAAAUCUUCUUACAGCAAGAAUCGCUGCUGGCUGUCUUGGUGUAGCUCUGAUCGUUGUGCUAUUCAUUGCAAAGAAUUGGACACUUCGAGGACUUUGUAUUGGAUUUAUUGUUUUUCUUGCUGUAAUUUGGAUCUUGCAAGAAAAAACGGAUAUACAUAUCCUCCGGUAUGUCAUCCUUUUUAUUGGGGUGAUGAACAGUUUAUUCUCAGUUUAUGAUAUCUAUGAUGAUCUAAUAUCUCGAAGAGUAAACUCUAGUGAUGCUGAGAAGUUUGCUGAGGUUUGCCCUUGCCCAUGCAAUGGGUUUGCAUGGGGGUUUAUUUGGGGAAUUAUAUCCUUUGCAUGUCUCUGUGGAGCCAUGUAUUUGGGCCUUGUCAUCCUGUCAUGACCAUGAGUACAACAAUGCUUCUCUGAACAUACUUUCCAAGGAUUUUGCAUAUUACGCUCCGGGAUUGAAUUUCUAGUUUCAGCUGACGUCGUGGAUGAAUAGAAUUUCUUCAUUCUUUCGCCGUAAUUUUUGCUAUCUACAUACCAAGGGUGGCUUGUACAUUUAGACAGAAUGAACCUAUUGUUGUAGACAAUCUAGACAUACUACUGACCAUGGAAAACAAUUUAUUGGAGUUAUUUUUUCUUCUAAA